UCUCACUGAUAUGCCACCUCAGACAGAGAAUUUAAAAAAGCCCCACUCACGAUGAAAUCACGAACUGUUGGAAACAAAGUAAAACACAAGAAGUAUCUUGUGUGAUAUUACUGUUUGCGCCUGUCUGUCCCCACAGUCUCUGAAUACCACACACGUUGUUUGCAGAUAAUAAGCGGCGUGAUUACUUGUGGACUCGAGUGUCCACACCUCUUUUCAUCUCACAUACACCCGUGUAAUGAAGCAGCGUGUUCUCCUCCUCUCGCUGCUGCCCACCCCGCACCUGUCCGAGCUGUGCGGCAGCCACGAGGGCUGCUCUUCCUUUUAUGGUCUGGCUUCCUUUGUGGACGCGUUAGUUGGAUGAGGAGAGCAGAGCAGAGCGCGGUGGUCCACAUUCCCCGCAUCUUCCAGCUGCGCUCCUGCGCUUUACGCAGAGUCUGCGGCUCCUCUGGAACACUCAGCUUUCUCUUCCUAAACACCGAGAUGAACAUGAGAUGAUUGCGCUAGUGGGCCGUGCGCACUGAUGCUUCUCAUUUUGCCGUUUCCUCGCGGUUUUUUCCUCUCCUGUCUGCAUCCUUCGCCGACCAAUCUGUGGAAUGGUCUGCGUUUUCUCCCCUGGGUUGUUUCCACUUCAGCAUGGGAACUGCGGUGUCCAAAAGGAAGAAUCUGAGGAGUGAUGCGAUUUCUUCCGUGGCCGCAAAAGUUAGAGCAGCCAGAGCAUUUGGAGAAUACCUGUCCAAUACCAAUCCAGAGAACCGCAACGGAGCAGAUCAUCUACUGUCUGACACUUUCUCUGGCCAGGACUCUCCAGACGUCAGUCACUUGCAUAACAACAAUCUGCCACCACAGAGCCGUUGUUUACCCAUAGCUAAACCCACCCAGUCCAGCCAGUCUAAUCCCAGCGCUAACCCACAGUCUCAAUCUCAAGUCAACACUCUCCAGGCUCAAGCAUCACUUGGCCCCUCCAAACGGCGACUCUCUGCUGAACGCAGUCUUUCCAUAGAGGAACCACCUGCUUCCAGGGGCUCACAGGGGCCUGUUGCUUUGAAGCCAGCCAGGGUGUACACAAUCACCAGGGAAGGCGGGAUGACCCUCGGGGGCCGUGGCAGUGAGGAGAGCCUGGAGCUGGAGGUGCUGAAGGGCUCCCGGGAGCAGCCUCUCUCACAGAGCACUUCUGCUGCCAGUCAUGGACUAUCCUGCACCAGCCAACCAACCGCCUCAGCUGCCCGUGGCAGCCAUCACCGUAGCAGCCAUCACCGCAGCAACCAACAUCAUGCCCAGCAGCAUCACGGAGGCCCAAUGUCAUCAUCGCAGCCGCUGCAGAGCUCGGGUAGCGCUGGCAACAUUCGUGAUUGGGGAAUGAGGAGAGGUGGGUCGCGGGAUGACUACACCCCAGACUGCGUUGCCUGCAUUCGGGCUCCAUGCCAAAGUCAGCGCUCCCUGGACCUAGAUACCUCACCACGAGAUGGAGGGAAGCAACGCAAAAAACUGGAGAGAAUGUACAGUGAGGACAGAGCAUCUACAGAUGACAGGGAGGACAAUCCUAACAGCUGGUUCCCCAAAGAGAAUAUGUUCAGCUUUCAGACAGCCACCACCACCAUGCAGGCAAUAUCGGCUUUCCGAGGCAUUGCUGAGAGAAAGAGACGGAAAAGAGAGCAGGAGGCAGCCACCAUGAUGGAGAGAAAUUUUCGCAAGCACCUUCGGAUGGUGGGCAGCCGCAGGAUGAAGGCCCAGACCUUCGUCGAUCGUCGAGCCAAGAGCUUCAGCCGCUCGUGGAGUGACCCCACCCCCGUCAAGCCUGAGUCACUGCAUGAAUCCAGAGACAGUGGCGAGCUUCAGACCUCCUCAGGGACGCUGGAUGAAGGGCUGGACGAGGAUGCUGACUGGGAGGAGGAGAAGGAUAUGGAAAGAGUGGCCUGUGACGGAGAAGACUUUAUCCCUCCCAAAAUCAUGCUGAUAUCUUCCAAGGUCCCAAAGGCUGAAUAUGUUCCCAACAUCAUUCGUAGGGACGACCCCUCCAUCAUCCCCAUCCUUUAUGACCAUGAACAUGCCACAUUUGAUGACAUUCUGGAGGAGAUCGAGAAGAAGCUGACUGCCUACAGAAAAGGCUGUAAAAUCUGGAACAUGCUCAUUUUCUGCCAGGGAGGUCCAGGACAUUUAUACCUGCUGAAGAAUAAAGUGGCAACCUUUGCAAAGGUGGAGAAAGAAGAAGAUAUGAUCCAGUUCUGGCGGCGGCUCAGCAGGCUGAUGAGCAAGCUGAACCCAGAGCCCAACCUCAUCCACAUUAUGGGCUGCUAUGUGCUGGGAAGUGCUAAUGGAGAAAAGCUUAUUCAGACUCUGAAGAGGUUGAUGAGACCCACCUCCGUUGAAUUUAAGUCUCCACUAGAGCUGUCGGCACAGGGCAAAGAGAUGAUCGAGAUGUAUUUUGACUUCCGCUUGUUUCGCCUGUGGAAAAGCCGCCAGCACUCCAAGCUACUGGACUACGACGACCUCUUGUGACACCACCCAGUGUUCUGUUGGCUUGUCGGCCAGUUAUUGCGAGUCUGAGCCUACCUUUGUACGGUGUCAAGGCAUUUGGUUAAAGUGGAGGGGCUCCUCUCCUCUCCGGAGAGGUUCCUAGACCGGCUCUGUGUGCGCAGCUGGAAGCUGGAGCAGCAGUGGAGGCAGCAGCAGUUGGGUGUGUUUUUUAAGCCCUUCUGAAGCGACAGGGUGUGGCCCUGUAGAUUCAGCCGGAGGGGGGCUUUUUCUCCUGCACCUAUUUUCACUUUCUGCCUCUGCCUAACCCUAGAAAAGAGAAAGAAGGGGGACAAGAGUGAGUUGGAGAAGCAAGUGACUCAUCAUCCUAGCCUAAAUGUGUCAGAAACGCCAACUACACUUAGAUUUCUGAGUACAGAGAGGCUAUUAGAUACAAGAGUGACAGUAGAGAACAGAAAGAUCUCCCUCUGUCUGAGAUUUGAGGAUGUUUUUUUCUUGCCCCGCCUUUAGCCAACCUAUCUGCUCUUGUUAGGAGGCUUAUAAGGAUGGAUUUACAAUUUAUUUACAAAGGAAUUAGAGCUUAUAUGUAAAUAAACAAGUGCUUGCUAGAGCAUUAGAGAAUACAUUUUCAGCAUCUCUCUCCAUGCUGUCAUGUGAUAAUCUAGACAUGUGAUUAGUCUUAUUAAGAAUUAGAGUUGUCUAUUUACUGCAGUCUUUUUUUAAACCUUCAUAUAAAUGUAAUAGUAUUUCUUACAGACUGUUGUAAUAACUCAGGUCAAAUUCUUUUGUUUUCUACUAAGAAUUGUACUCACCUGUACAACAUACUGUAGAUCAGAAUCAAAGGCCUUCAUACUCCACACAGAGUCAUCUUCAGUGGAACAUCAGGGAUGAGCGGAGCUUUUCUCCAUUUUCAUCUCGCCUUUUGAGUCAGCUGUAGCCAAACAGACAGAUGCAUCCAUGCAUGUUUUUCAUAACAUUACAGCAUUAUGUUUUAGCCCACUGAGCCACUGCUAGCUGAUUUUUCUUGAGCUAUUGGUUCGUGGGCUCAAAUCCUUUUGCAGUGUUUGUAUUGCACAUGUGCAUUCAAACCCUUCUUGCAUAGCUAGCCUUUAAAGAGUUUUCAGUUGGAGGCUGACAUCAGACUCUUUACAGUGAGUCUAAGUUAUAUAGUGCAUAUUUAGUUCAUUCCAACAGUUUUUUACAUUUUUGGAGAACUUUCAUUCUUUGUUUAGCUUGGACAUCCAGUGGAGUGGUAGAGGCGAUGCUAUCCUUUGACUUAUUUUUGUUUCCCCUCACCACCAGCUUGUUGUUUCCAUCUCAAUAUACUCUUAAUCUUAAUCAUAUAACAGCAACAAUGUGUCCCAAACGCUGUCUUUUCCAUGCUUAUUUCUAGCAUUACAGUCUACUGUAAAAUGUUUUGCUGUAGCAAGAUUUUAAAGAUGCACUGGUUUGAUUUUGUAUUUUGCUGCCCUACAGUUGGGGCGUUUAAGUCAGACUGUCAAAUGGUUCAAGCUGAAGCAGCAGAGGCUGCGAUAGCUUCAUCUUCAUUCUACUGAUUGUUCCAUUCACAAGAGCCUACAUUUCCCACAAUGCAACAUGACUGCUUUUUUUUUCUGUAGUUCCUCCUGGAAUGACAAAUGUCUGAAUUACUGAACUUAAACUUUGUGUGACACAAAGUUGUAUGGUACUUUUUUUCUUUUCUUUCUUUCAAAAAAUGUGUCAUACAAGCUGAAUGACAUCAUCUUUAGGAAUAUUUAGCUCCACCCAGGGGCUUAGUGUUGUGUAGAUCCACAAAUACAAUAAUGCCAUAUAGCUGAUCAUUGCACACUUACUUAAAUAAUAAUUAAAGUUUUGGGGGACUGUGCUGUUUAGAAAUACAUGUACUGGUACUGAAUAUGAGUAUUGAAUAUGAGUAAAAAUGGACAGGAUGAGUGAUAUUUACAUUGUUUCAUCUCAAGCUUGUGCUGACGUGGUCAUGUCCUCUGUUAUAUAAUCACUUUUUCCUCCCUGCUGCACCCUCAGACCUAAGCACUCAGCACAAGCUGAGAAAAAGCGCUUUGUUUCUUGUUUCUUCGGUGCAGUUUGCUCGCAGAAUGAAAUUUAGUGUUUGGAUUUGGGAUGAGUCGUGCUAUUUUUAAAGUAACACAAGGUGUGUUGUUCAUGAUAUGUUUACUAGUGUCUUAUACUGUGUCUUGUCUGCAUUGUAAACAUAGUUCACUGCUUAUUUUUCCACAAAUUCCAAGCUUUGUUGCAGCUUCUUGGGCCAUCCAUGUCAGCUGACCUGGAAUUAGUUUUCAUGAAGCAGUCUUGAUAGGUACAAAAUUACAAAAGCCCUCUGAAAUCUAUUUUAUUUACUACAUUUAACUACCAAACAGCUUAAAAUUUGCCCCUCCUAUUUAUCUGUUAUUGCGAGAGUUUUUGUGUUCAUGGGACUGAAAUCUCAAAUUUAGAAUAGUGGGUCAUAAUUAUCAGUGGUAUUAUAUAAGCUGCUGAGAUAAGGUCUCUGACAUGUUUGACUGAAUGCAGUCUUCUUCCACAUAUACCUGUUACCAUGACAUUUGCUGUGAUUGCUGUCUCAAAUCACAUACUUCUAUAUUUACACUCAUUAAUUUGAGUUCGACAUUGUGUUCACAAUAUCAAGUUCUGCUCCACAAAGUGCUGCUUGAGUACCUAGAAAUGUGGAACAUUUCUCAACUCAAGGGUCACUGUUAGCUAGCAGACAGACUGAUAGCUAACUGGUAGUCCUUCCAUAACAGAAUUUUUUUAUUUAUUUUUUUUAAGGGUAGAUUUUUUUUCUUCAGGCACUGAAACUAGCUUUGUUAAAUUGUUUUGCAUAUUGCAAAUGCCAUUAAUGGUGAGUGCAUAACUGGUCAGCUUUGAUUUGAAACAAGCCUACGUGGUAAAUCCAUUUACAUACAUAAAGUGUACAUAAAGCACUAAAUGAAAAAGUAUUUGAAUUGAGACACACUCAAUCAGGGAUACAAUGCUGCUACAUACUCUUUUAUUCCACAAAGCAUGUAUCACCCGAUCUCUGUCACAAGCUGUGUGAUAAUUUGGUGUAAUCAAAGGAAAAACGAAGACCUUGCUAGUUCCAUGGCUGCUCCUGGUUUGCACCGUUAAGUCAUGCAGCAUACUGUCUCACAUGGCAUCUGGGUCUUCGAAUUACCUCAAAUGGAGAGAGAAACAGGGAUUUAUUUGUUAGGGAAUAUUUAAUGAUAUUUUCUCUACUGCUACUUUUUUAAUUUUCAUAAAUGUUAUGCUCAGUAGAAAAUAUUGUACAUUUUCACUUCAUGUCAGUUAGUUUGUGUUUUCUUUUUUUGUUUGGUGUUGAUGGAUUAUGUGUAAGGACUUCAUUAUACUUUCCAUGUGAGUGAGUCUAUUAGGUUCAGGUAGAGCUGGGCGAUAAAACGAUAACGAUAUGUAUUGCGAAAUAACUUUUUCUCGAUAGAAAAAUUAAACUAUUGCGAUAGGCCUCAUCUCUCUUGUCCUCUU